UUUCCUGUUUCAGAAAACUGUCGCAUACUGGUGUUCCCACCACCUUUCUUCUUCAUUAAUAAACGUUUGGUGAACCACACCAUAGGAACUAGGGCUGAUGUCGAUUUUGAGACCUGCAAGCUGCAUUGUUACCACGAAAACAACUGCGUGAGUGUCAACUAUUGCGUGAACACACAAAAAUGUGAGCUCAACAACGCUACCCACCUUCUGCAUGAUAAUGAGUUUGUGGACAAAGAUGGUUACCUAUAUCAUGGAGCAGAUGUAAGAUUGUCUUCAAUUUUAUUAUUGUUCGACCUCCUUCUUCUUUUCAUCCUCCUCCUUCCUCCUACUCUUCCUACUUUUCUCCUCUUCCUUUCCUCCCCUUCUCCUCCUCCUGCUUUACCUUUCCUUCUCCUUCUCUUCCUCCUCUUUCUUUCCUCCUUCUCCUCCUCCGUUCCUUCUCUUCCUUUUCCUCCUCCGAUUCUUAUCUUCCUCCUCCUCGUCCUCCUCCUCGUCCUCCUCCUUGUCCUCCCCUUUCCGCCUCCUCCUCUUCCUCCUCCUCCUCCUCCUUCCUUCUCCUCCUUGUCCUCUCAUUUCCUCUUCCUCCUCUUCCUGCUUCCUUCCUCCUUUCCGUUGUCCUUUUCUACUUCUUUUGCUGCUGGUGUUCCACUUCUGAUCCUCAAAACAGUAUGAAAUAUCAAAAAUCCUUGAGCAUAAAAAGGUCCACGGCGAUGAUACUUCUUUACUAUGAAAACUCCACUAGCCCCUUAUUUUACUUUCUUUUUCUUCUUUUUGAAAGAGUGCCUGUGAUAAGUCCCCUUGCUACAAUGGAGGAAUCUGUCAAUCCGGAUUCUCAGCAAGAGGAUAUCGGUGUUUGUGUCCUUCUGGUUUUAAGGACUUUCGCUGUCAAGCAGGUAAGAAAGUAAAUUAA